AUGGGGUUAUCAGCUUUUCAGAUGGUUUAUUGGAAAGCAUGUCAUUUGCCAGUAGAGAUGAAACAUAAGGCUUUGUGGGCUUUAAAGUUUUUAAAUUUUGAUCCUCACGAGACUCAAACCAAGCGUAGAAAUCAAUUGCUGGAGCUUGAAGAGAUGCAGUUACAUGCAUAUGACUCAUCCAGGAGUUAUAAAGAAAAGGUGAAGCUUUAUCAUGAUAGGAAGCUGGUAAAAAUAGUUUUCAACCUAAGGCAGCAGGUGUUAUUAUUUAAUUCAAGGUUGAAGUUAUUUCCUAGGAAGUUGAAAUCAAAGUGGUUAGGACCUUUUGGGAUAAAACGUGUAUUUCCAAAUGGAGCUGUGGAAUUGGAAAAUCCAAAUGAUGAUGGUCAGCAGCAGAGUUGGGUGGUAAACGGUGAAAGGCUCAAACAUUAUUUGGGAGGAGAAGUGGAGCGAUUCUCCAAGGUGAUGAUGUUGGUGGAUCCAUGA